GUCAAGCCGCAAUAUGAGGUCGGUUUCUCGCCGAAAAUUCAGCACGUUUCGAGAAAAUAAAAAUCGCACGUUGUGAAAUCACUGAUAAGAGGGUUCCAACUUUGGUGCAAAGUUCAACGCAAUUAGCUCCUAACCUAUACUCAAACAUACAUCCAUUUAUUUGGUAGUUUUACAUGUGAUUUCCAAUACAAACCGAAAACGAUCCGAUGUUUAAGCCACGGACUUCAUUUAAGGAUAUUAUUCUAGGGCUCAAAAAUGUGGCCACAACAUCCGAAGGCCAGCUCAAGAAUUCUAUUAAAAUUGAUAAGGUCUUAGUUUUAUCAAAACUGUCGCGUUAUGAGUUCGAGAAAAAGCAAUCAAAGUUCAGCAACGACGACGAUCUCGAGCAAGAGCUUCGAAGUCGAGGAACCGACUUCGAGUGGCUCAUACAUUGCCACAUGCUGCACAAAAAGUUCGAAACGAACGUGGUCAACACAUUUAGGAGAAUGGGAAUCGACGUACAAGUGGCCAACAGAUUCAAUUACACACAGGACAAGGUGGAUUGGGCGGACGUUAUAGUGCCAACUGGGGGCGAUGGCACGUUUCUUUUAGCUUCGAGUCGGAUUAGGGACAACACGAAACCGGUGAUUGGCUUCAACUCGGACCCCAAUCGCUCCGAGGGCCACCUCUGUCUCCCCAAAAAAUACUCGGCGAACAUUCAAAGCGCCAUCGAAAAGCUGCAAAACGGGGACUUUGACUGGCUGCUGCGGAGCCGAAUUCGCGUCAAGCUCAUCAGCCAGAAGGGCGAUAUUGUGCCGAAAUGCCUCCACGAGAUCGAGGACAACUUUGGGAAAAUCCACGGCAAGAUUCUCCCCGUUUUAGCUUUAAAUGAAGUUUUUGUGGGAGAGUCAAUCUCUUCCCGCGUCUCCCACCUGCAAUUGCGCCUCAACGGCUCCGUGGAGCAAACCAGCAUCAAAUGUUCCGGGGUGUGCGUUUGCACCGGAACAGGGUCGACUUCCUGGCACUUGAGCAUCAAUCGACUUCCGGCACAAAGCGUGUCCGAGCUUCUCAAGCUCGUUGAGGUGGAUUCCAGAGAAGAACGCGAGGUUUUGGCGGCGAAAAUCGCCGACGAGUACAACAGAAACCUCAUUUUCAGACCUGAUGACUCACGGAUGAGUUACACGAUCCGCGAUUUAAUAUCGGCUGGCGUUUGGCCGCAUCCCAAGGGAAUCAAGUCCAGGGAUUUUAUCACAAAGUUGGAGAUCAAGUCGAAUUGUUAUAAAGCGAGCCUUGUUAUCGACGGAGGCGUUUCGUUCGAUUUUAAUGACGGCACGAUUGCGUUUCUUGAAAUCAGACCAGAGGAUUCUUUACGAACUGUCGUGCUGCGGCCCUAAUUUUAAGCAUCACUGUUUUUUUUGUAUGUAAUAAUAAUAAAGUAAAGUACCACCACUGCA